CACACACUGGAAAUGAUCUCAGCUGAUUAGCUGUUCUGAAAAAGUAAAUAUAUUUUCGUUUAAAAAAGCGGCAUUUCGAUAAUGGUGCGCCUGGUGACCUGACUUUUGAGCCGGCGACGACUUCCUGGCUGCUGCUACAUCUUAUCGCCGGUCAAUAAAUGUACAUAAAUGCGCCCACGACAGGACAAAUAGCAAGGACGGAGGACUCACAGCCGCAGCCAUAGCGGCAUCAGCAGCAGCAGGAGCAAAAGCAGAAACAAUAACAAUAGUAAAGCCGCAGAACUCGACCACAACAAGCCACAAUCGGCAAUCAUCAACACUGGCGCGCCGCAGACCGAGGGAGGGGUCAUCAGGAGUCAGGGGUCAGAGGUCAGAGGGAGACGGCUUCUGAGGGCGCCAGUUGCAUUUUGACAACGAACGGCAACGAACCAAAAACACCCGCACACUAGCCAUGACAGCUGUACGAGAGGAGCCUCGCUCCCCAGGAAUCGGGCUAAAGCCCCAGUUACAUCCACAGUGGACCGCCAAGAAUCUGCACGCCCUGCUGGAUCUGCCCGCGGCGAUGGAACUGCGCCAAAUUGAGUUGAUCUAUCGGGCGGAGGGUAAUGCAAAUUUGGUGCUCGCCUUGCCGCAAUUUAAAAAAGUUUUACGUUUGCCAAAAAUGAUAUCCAGCAGACUGCGCCAGCAUGAGCGGAGUGGGCAUUCGGAUGAGGUUGCCCGGCCGGAAGGGCAGAGCGACUCAUCCGCCGAAGCCGGGAAUGAAAAAGCUGGCGACUUGACAAUGCCGGAUUUUAUGGCUUAUAUCGGGAUAAUGCGCCGUCUAUUAGGAAAUGAGUUUGUCUGCGGAGCGGAUAUUGUUGCCAUACCAAAGGAAGACGAUAGAUUCUGGAUAAACGAGCACAUACGCGCCCAAAGACCGGUUUCGCGUCUGGAUAAGGAAUUUGUGGGGCCAUUCGGCCUGCUGCUGCCAGAUGUGACCCAAUUGCCUGCCACGUUCGAUGUUUUACUUGCCAAUUUACAGGCAAAGGGCACUACAGGAGAUGAAACCAGACGAGGAGUAAGCGACGGAGGAGAGGCGAGAGGCGCAGGAACAAGGAGGACCGGUGUCCGUCGUCUGGGCGAUACAUAUGCCAUCGAAAUAAAACCCAAACAAGGCUGGCUCCAGUUGGCAAGUGAUGUCAACGAUUUAUUUGAUUUAAUGCCGGCAGGAGCAGAGACAAAGCCAAAGGAGGAGCCCCCCAAACAGGUGGAGUCGGAACCUUUAGUCGGGGACAAGUGCUGGUGUCGCUUUUGCAGCAUGCAACUGCUGAAGCUGCACAAUGGGAAAAUCAAACGGUUGGGCCACUACUGUCCGUUGGAUCUAUUCUCUGGUGCACCCAGUCGUAUGCUCGAUGCCUUGGAUGCACUUCUCGCCUGCCCGCAAAAUAAUUUACGUGUAUUUCAGAACGGCAAUUUAAUUUAUGGCGAUCACGCGAAUUCGAUUUCCUUCGAUGAAUUGCACUCGCGUGUCUUUCCCGGUGAAAUUAUGGUGCUUAUAAAACAUUUGCUGGUGGCCUGUCUGCUCAGGGAAUACAAGGAGCCGGAAUCCGACCAAGCAGAGGGCCCCAAUCAGAACCAGAAACAGAAUCAGAGGCAAGAGCCGGAGCCAGAGCAGCUGAAUCAGAGUCGCGUUUCAAUUGCGGCGACGGAGACAAAGGCCGGAGCUGCUGGAAUUGGCGCCGCUAAUGUUGUCCUGCAGUUCGGAGGCAGGGCAACCGGCUCUGUUGUCACUGCCGGUCAAUCCUCAACGACGAGGACGAGAGCAGCUGCUGCAACAGCCACGACCCAAAGGUAUACAAAAGUGGCUAGAAUGGAAACAACAACGGUCGCAGAAGCAACAUCGAGAAGUCAACUGCAAUGUGGCAAUGUGUUGGCAUCGCCAGCUCGAACGGAAACAAAAACGGAACCGGAAACACAGGCAACUCCUGCUACGAGUCGCAAUGAGAAUGAAAAUCAGAAUCAAAAUGAAAGCCGAAAUCGGAAUCAGAAUGAGCCUGAGAAUCAAACUCAAGCACGAAUCAACAAAGCGGAAAUAUUUCGCUUACCAAAAAAUUGUGUGCUGCAAAAAAUUUUGAAUUUGCAAUUGCUGGUAAAGCGCCACUUCGACUUCAUGUGGCAUUCCGGCUACAGUGGCCACUCCGAGCCCACUUACAACUCACUCCGGGGAUUGCUGGCCUACGUGGAAGAAAGAAAGGAGGCGGAAUUCGAGCCGGAUGAAGAGCAGGCUUACAUGCUAGGUGCCACGGCCCUGGACUGCUCGAUUAUGUUGACGUUUCAGGAAAUCGAAAUCGAAUGCGAAACCGAUUGCCCAGCUGGCCAGAGCGACGCUGCAGUGCAGCCUUGGUGCGUCUCCCUGCUGGGUCAUCACUUUCUAACCAAGCUCUGUGUCCUGGAUUUGGAUCCGAAGCCCGACAGUCACUUUCAUAAAUUCAUAGCGCAGACACGUGAAAUUGAAAAGUGCCGUCGAGCAUUAAAUUAAUUAAUAAACUUUACACCCAACUAAAAGCCGCACGCAUCGACUGUCGGGCUCACAAAACUGUGCUACACUUUUCUCCUCAAUAUAAAUUUAGCUGCUCUUUUUUGUGCAGCAGCUUUUCGAGUUCGUUUCAUACCCGGUUGCUAAGCAGGACAAGGGUAUGUUGAAUUCGUGUGAGUCCUUGCAACCUAAAAGCGGAUGGUUACGUUAUUAAGCGCUUAAAGUGUCAGACAUUCUGACUAAGACUCUAGCAUGUUCCUGGCUUAAAUCUUCUUAAUUGGCCGGAAGGGAAGCUAAGCCGAGGUUUCCAUGAUUCGUUUGGAGAUUUUAAGUUAAUAACUGGAGAAACUGAAUAGCGGAAAUCAAAUGUUUGGCACUUUUUUACAUUUUUCUCACUCUCUGAACUGUAAGAAAGAAUUAAAGACAUUAUCAUGACUCUAAUUACCUUUUAUAUUGUCGAAAAGACACCAUUUUUGUGGUGAAAAUAUUGUAUAAUGUGGUUUAAAAUAAAUAUCUAAUGAAAAUAUA